UGUCGAAGAAGAGACAUACAUUCUCAGUUCGCUAUGUUUUCUGGUUGGUAUCGAAGCCCGUAAUCUCGCUCUCGAUUAUGCUCUGUUUCUUCGUUCUUCUUAGACUUCACUCGCAAUCGAGGCAACAGUUCUCGAUAGCUCAUUCUCUCAGAUCUCGUAACUUGGAUGAGCACUUCUCUGGAACUUCCAAGAUCGCUUUCUUAUUCCUUGUGCGAAGGGACCUCCCCCUCGAUUUUAUAUGGGACACCUUCUUCCAGAAUGCAGACACGGGGAACUUUUCAAUUUAUAUUCAUUCAGAGCCUGGUUUCGUGUUUGAUGAAUUGACCACGAGAUCACCUUACUUUUAUGGUCGGCAGCUGAACGAGAGCGUUAAGGUAAUGUGGGGAGAAUCGAGUAUGAUCCAGGCAGAGAGGUUAUUGCUCGCAGUGGCUCUUAAGGACCCCGCAAAUCAGAAAUUUAUACUCCUCUCCGAUAGUUGUGUACCUUUGUACAACUUCAGCUACAUAUAUAAUUAUGUUAUGUCUUCGCCAAGGAGUUUCAUGGAAAGCUUUCAUGACACAAAUGAAGGUCGUUACAAUCCAAAGAUGUCUCCUGUAAUACCAAAGGAUAAAUGGCGAAAAGGUUCUCAGUGGAUUACAUUAGUUCGAGAACAUGCAAGAGUUGUGGUAGAUGAUGAUAUUAUCUUUCCAGUUUUCAAGAGAUUCUGCAAGCGAAGGCCACCCUUAGACACCAGAAAGGGAAAGCUGAAUCUUCAAUUGCAGAAACAGCAUAACUGUAUCCCAGACGAACACUAUGUACAGACAUUACUAUCAAUGAGCGAGCUUGAAGGUGAAGUUGAAAGGAGAACAUUAACCUACGCCAUUUGGAACCAUUCCACAACUAACAUGGAAGUGCACGGUUGGCAUCCUGUGACUUUUAACUAUGCAAAGGCAGGACCUCAACAAAUAAAAAAAUUAAAGGAAAUCUAUCAUGUGUACUAUGAGACUGAUUACAGAACAGAAUGGUGUCGUACCAAUUCUACAUUUGUCCCCUGCUUCCUGUUUGCGAGGAAGUUUUCACCUGGUGCUGCCAUGCACCUUUUGACCCAGGGAGUGGUGGGUUGAUUGCCCUUGGUGCACUAAUGCUCAUCUUUUAACAAUAGGCUUGACCAUCUCCUUAUGUAGUCAUUGCUCAGUGUCUAGUUUGUAGUGAGGCACCCAUCAGAGGCUGACAGGAAUUUUACAUUACAUGAUGUAUACAGAACAGUUUUUGACACUGCUCA